AUGUCUGCAGAAGAUUUGAGUAUUAGUUCAACAGCAGUAGCAACCACAACGACAACAGCAUUAACAGCAACAACGACAGUUCAGCAAUUAACGAGUAAUCAGUCAUCAACAACAGCGACACUUCCACAAUAUUCAGUUCCAUCGACUGUCUCUUCCGGUAGUUCCAAGUAUCAGCAAUUGCUUAACGUGAUCGAAGAUUUGGGUAAAGAUAUUCGACCAACAUAUACGGGUAACAAAAUUUGUUCAGAACGCUUAAAAAGAGAAAUAAUUCAAGCAAGGUUACUCGUUCGAGAGUGUCUUAUGGAAACUGGAAAACAUUGUAAUCAAUAA